CGCAGCCAUGGAGUCCUCGUGCCUCCACCCUCGCUUCCCUCCAACCCUAGCGUUCCUCUUCUUCCUUCUUUUCUGCAAGGCGACACCUGGCUCCUCCCAGCAAUGCCUCUCCCAGACAUUCCCCAAGGGCCGAUCGUUCGACCACUGCGAGGACCUUCCCCAACUCGGCGCGUUCCUCCACUGGUCCUUCCGCCCUUCCAAUUCCUCCCUCAACCUCGCCUUCGUCGCCCCGCCGGCUACCCCCUCCGGCUGGGUCGCAUGGGCCCUCAACCCCGUGGGCCAGGGAAUGAUCGGCGCUCAGGCCCUGCUUGCCUUCCGGGGCGCCGACGGCGGCAUGGCUGUCGAGACAUUCAACCUCUCCGGUUACAACUCCGUCCAGCCGUCGCCCAUAAGCAUGGAGGUCUCUGGGUUGGAAGCCGACGUCUCAGGCAGGUUGAUGAUGAUAUUUGCGACGGUUCAUGUGCCGUCGAGGAAGACUUCCAUCAACCACGUGUGGCAGGUUGGAGGGUCGAUGGUGGGUUCCAAACCGGGCGUUCACAGGCUCGAACGUCCGAACCUGAGCUCUAAGGGCAGACUCGAGUUACAGUCUGCGAAGAUGAUCUUCUCCGCCGGGACUGCAGGUUCGCUGGAUCGCGAGAAUUCAAUUUCUGCCACAGAUGCUCCGAUACGUAUGAAGCAUAUUCAUGGCGUACUGAGUGGUAUAAGUUGGGGAAUUCUGCUUCCGAUCGGCGCCGCGCUAGCUUUCGUCCCGUCCCAGCGGCCUGUGAAUCGAGCAUGGUCUUGCGCAUUCCUGUGUUCCCAAUCAUUUGCGUACUCCAUUGGGAUCGUUAGCCUCUUCGUUGGAAUUCAUCUCGGAAGUAAAUCUCUUGAAGUUGAACACUCCACCCACCAGAAUUUGGCGUGGAUACUCCUCUCCUUAUGCGGCCUACAGGUUGCACUUUGCCUUUGGAAGCCAAAGGAAGAGAACUCCAAGGCCGUGUUGGCUUUCCUUCACAAACUGAUUAUAGUUGCUGCGGCUGGCGUGGGAGUUGCCAAUGUGUUCAUAGGCUUCAACAUCCUCAGGCCUGGAGAAAUCUGGAGGCGCGCAUACAUCUCCCUCCUUGCCGCCAUGGGCUUGUUAUUCUGUGUUGUGAAAGUUAUUCUCGUUGCGAGGAAGAAACACGGUGAAAAUUUAAACCCCUGA